AUAGCGGUUUCAAAUAUGUAUUCGGCAUUCUGCGCUCGUUAUAUCCAGUUGCAGACUCUGGAGGAGUUCACAGAUGGGCUCGUGUUCUCUGAUGGCCGGAAACCGGCUCUGCUGGAGGAAAGAGACGGACCGCGUUUUAAAAAUCUCGUCAGAGGACUGAUGAUAUGCUCGUUCACGCCACUACAGCAGCUGCGCGUUCCCGCACAGCUCAGCACUCUUCCGGAGGUUUUGGCGUUCACCCUAAACCACAUUAAACGGAAGAAGCUGAGGAACGUCCUGGGAUUCGGCUACCAGUGCAACGACGUGACGGCCUGUUCGGAUCCCUUCCGAUUCCACGGAGAUGUUUCCCAGACGGCCGCCUCCAUCAGCACCAGCGAGCUGUGGAAGAGGAUCAACCAGCGUCUGGGCACGGAGGUCACGCGCCACCUGCUGCAGGACUGCGCCGUGUUCGCCACCGUCCCGCCCUCGUGUCUGCUGCAGGUGUGCGGCGAGCCUGUGUACGACUUGCUGCUUCCGCGCUCCUGGUCCGGGUUUUCCCUCAGCCAUGUCUCGCCUCAAACGUCCUUUGGCGUGGUGCGGAAAAAUCCCGCUGUGCCGCGGAAGGCGGUUGCGAGAGACGGUAAGGAGAUAGUCUCGAAAAAGAGAGCGAGAGAUGAAGAAAAAGACACUGUCCCGCGGAAGACGGUCUCAAGAGACGGUAAGGAAAUAGUCUCGAAAAAGAGAGCGAGAGAUGAAGCAAAGGAUGAUAAACAGCCUGCAAUAAAGAAGAGAAAGGUCAUUACGGACAAAUCCGAUGAACCUUCGACUGAAAGUCAUGGAUCUCAUAGCUGGAAACCCGCAGAUCAGACACCUCCUCGACCGUCACACUGCUCGAUCCGUGUUCUGAGCAUGCUCUAUAAUGGGCGGGGCAUGAAGGGCUUCCUGCUCAACAGGAAACUGAAAGGUGUGGGCGGGGCUAGACGCCUGCAGGGGGCGGAUCUUGUCCGGAUGAUAUUCCUCCAAUCGGAGAUUAACAUGUCCGACACGCAACCAAAAUCAAAGAAACUUCCCAAGCGAUUCUUCGCCAUGGUGCCCCUGUUCAGUCGACUCUUACGCCAGCACAGGAAGUGCCCGUACACCCUGUUCCUGCAGAGGAAGUGCUCGGGGACUCCAGACACGCAGGAUAUGGAGUCGCUGCUGAAGUCGCACUUCUCCGCUUACAGGGUGUAUCUGUUUGUGAGGGAAUGUUUGCACUACGUUAUUCCUGAGGAACUCUGGGGAUCCCAGGAAAACCGGCUCCACUUCCUGUCCAAUGUGAAGAAGUUCCUGCGAUUAGGGAAAUUUGAGCGCCUCCCGUUGGUCCAGCUGAUGUGGAAGAUGAAGGUUAAGGCCUGCCAUUGGCUGGGACUCAAGAAACGUCACUGCGCGAGCGAGCACCGCUACAGAGAGUGGAUCUUCGGUCAGUUUCUGGCCUGGACAUUGAGCGGUUUCGUGGUCGGUCUGGUCAGAGCGCAGUUCUACGUCACCGAGAGUAUGGGACAGAAACACGCGCUGCGCUUCUACAGGGCUGAAGUGUGGAACAAACUACAGGAAAUGGCCUUCAGAGUUCAUCUGUCUAAGGGCCAGUGGAGGGCGCUGUCUCCAUCUCAGGCCUUAAAGUUCCCAAAGACCACGGUAACAUCCCGAAUCCGGUUCAUCCCGAAGGUCAGCAGCAUGAGACCCAUCACUCGACUCACAGGAACCAGAGAGUCUCUGCAGCAUUUCCAGAGUUGCGUGCGGGUCCUGCUGAACGUGCUGAACGCGUGUGUGCGUGCGGCCCCGGGGCCCAUGGGCUCCACCGUCUGGGGUUGGCAGGACAUUCACAGAGUCCUGAAGAACUUCAGCCCGCAGCAGAAGAGCUCGCCACGCCCGCUCUACUUCGUCAAGGUGGACGUGAGCGGGGCGUACGACAGUCUCCCUCACCAGAAGCUGGUGGAGGUGUUGGGAGAAGUGUUGGGCCCGUUUGCAGAGCAGAGUUUCUUCCUGCGUCAGUACGCUCGCGUGUGGAACGACCCCAACCAGGGCCUCAGGAAACACUUCUGCACGAAGGCUGAGAUGUCCGAGCCGCUCAACAUGAAGGGGUUUGUCGUGGACGAGCAGGCCAGCGGUUCCCUGCGCGACGCCAUCCUGGUGGAGCGGCACUCGUCUGAGGUCCGCGGAGGAGACGUGUUUCAGUUCUUCCAGAAGAUGUUGAGCAGCUACGUCAUCCAUCAUGACGAUAAAAUGUUCCGUCAGGUGUGUGGGAUUCCGCAGGGAUCUUCGGUGUCGGCUCUGCUGUGUAAUCUGUGUUACGGACACAUGGAGAACUCUCUGCUGAAGGGCAUCGCCAAAGGAGGGUGUCUUAUGAGGCUGGUUGAUGAUUUUCUGCUCAUCACUCCUCAUCUGAGUAAAGCCACAGAGUUCCUGACGACGCUGCUGGCCGGCGUUCCCGAUUACGGCUGUAAGAUCAACCCUCAGAAGGUGGCGGUGAACUUCGCGGUGUGUGAGGAGUGGGUGAGCUCGGGGGUGAGCGUGUUCCCGUCCUGCUGCCUGUUCCCCUGGUGCGGCCUGCUGCUCAACACACACACGCUGGACGUCUACAAGGACUACUCACGGUAUGACGGCCUAUCACUGCGCUACAGCCUCACUCUAGGCUCCGCCCACUCGCCAGCCGCGGUCAUGAAGAAGCUGCUGUCAGUCCUCAGUCUCAAGUGUACCGACAUCUUUCUGGACCUCAGGAUGAAUUCAGUGGAAGCCGUUUACAGAAGCUUGUAUAAGCUGAUUCUGCUGCAGGCGCUCAGGUUUCAUGCAUGCGUGAAGAGUUUGCCUCUGGGUCAGAAUGUAGAGACACACCCGUCUUUCUUCCUGAAGAUGAUCUGGGCGAUGGCUCGAGUCAUGAAUAAACUCAUCAGACACACAAACACAGGUCUGGUUCUGGGUUCUCCGGACGGCGGAGGCGUUCUGCAGUAUGAGGCGGUUCAGCUGUUGUUCUGUCUGGUGUUUGAGGUUGUUUUCACAUGCCAUCGAUCGGUUUACCGCAGUCUUCUUCCUCCACUGCAUAAACGAAAGAGGCGUCUUCAGCGUGUGCUCCGCGGCAUCAGACUGGCACGUGUCCACCAGGCGGCCACUCCCAGAAUCCCUCAGGACUUUAAAACCAUCCGGACGUAGAAUCGUAAACGGCUGUCACAUGUUUUCUCAUGAAAACAUUCUACUCCAGCUUUGUUUUUAUUCAUCUCCUGCAGCAGCUGACUAAACAGAUCUGCUUUGUGUGUAAAUUGUUGAUGGAUUGUCGUUAAACGCAGCGAGAGAUAAGAGACGCUCGUAAACUAAAGCCACAGUGAUUCAUUUCAGUUGUUACGCUGCAUGUUUAUCUGAUAUCUGCAUGUUCAUGCGUCUGUUUGUACUUUAAAUUGUAAAAAGAAUCAGAUAUUUCAACACAGAAAAUAAAUGAAGUUCUUCGCACAA